AUGGGAUGGAGGAGACUCUAUUAUCCGAUCCCUGGUUUCGAUAUGAAGAAAAUGAUAUUUGAACUAGAACCCAAAUAUUCUGCUUUGUUCUUCCUCCUCUCAGAUCGUAUUUUAUCAAGCUUAAUCAUGCAGAACGAAGAAGGAAAGAUUACUGAGCUAUACAUUCCGAGAAAAUGCUCGGCCACAAACAGAUUGAUCACAUCCAAGGAUCAUGCCUCUGUUCAGCUUAACAUUGGUCAUCUUGAUGCCGAUGGCAUCUACACUGGCCAAUCCACCACCUUUGCUCUCUGCGGAUUCGUCCGAGCUCAGGGUGACGCAGACAGUGGCAUCGACAGGCUCUGGCAGAAGAAGAAGGUCGAAACCAAACAACAUUAA